UGAUUUACUCCCCGCAAGUGCCAAGGUGGCUUGGGCCAGCACCACCUCAUUUACUUCCAAUCCUCCAGUAUUAGCAGAUCUAACACCUUUGCUCUUCACAAUGGCCCUUCGUGACCUACCAUGGGUGACGAUACUCUUCUCUGGCAUCAUUGCAGCGCUCGCAUAUGGCGCAAUGAGAUUGAUCCAAGUGCGGCGCUUCUACAAAGACCUUCCUAAACCGCCUCAUAGCUUCCUGUUCGGCCAUCUAAAACUGCUAGGCGAGACCUUCAAAUCGCUACCCAGUGAUGUGCACUACCAGGCAGCGGCAGUUACGAUCGCCAGGAAAUACAACAUGCCGGGUGUCUUCUAUCUCGAUCUGUGGCCAGCCUCAUGGGCGCAGAUUGUAGUUACAGAUCCGGAUCUCGCACUCCACAUGACAGCCGUUAGGAACCACCCCAAACAUGAGGGAGAGGCACUGAUGAUCGAUCCCUUGAUUGGAAAUGGCAACAUCGUUACUACGAAUGGCCCGCAAUGGAAGCAUCUCCAUAAGAUGCUAAGCCCUGCUUUUGCCAUCUCGCACAUCACUAAUAUGAGGGCGAUGAUUGCCGAUGAGGUUAUGAAAUUUCGAUCAGUCCUUCAUGAGAAAGCCAAAUCGGGAGAGGUAUUCAAGUUCGAGGAACCUACCCAGCACUUGACGUUUGAUGUCAUCUCCACUACGACUUUUGGCCGAUCUCUCGAUGCGCAGACCAAAGGCAGCCCUGCUCUGGAGCACUUUGAGAACAUGUGUCGUGAUUUCAUGACAACGCGAGAGUCUUUCAACUACAUCCGCAAUUUCUUCGUCAACAGGAAGAUUUUCGCUGAGCGCAGUAAGUUUGAUGCCAUUGUGGAAGGACUUAUCAAAGAGAGAUUCGAGAUCGUAAAACGCGAUAAGCUCGAUCUCUCGGAAAAGCGAGGACUAGGCAUCAUGGAUCUCAUCUUACGAGACUAUGUUGCAGAGCGGCAGGGUGACGUGGUGGAGCUCGACCCCAAUUUCAUCAAAGAUGCUCUCACACAAGUAAAGACUCUUCUGAUCGCUGGAUUUGGAACCACGUCGGAUACCAUCUGUUUCGGAGCUAUGCUGCUUAGUGUUCACCCGGAAGUGGUACGAAAGAUGCGAGAAGAACACGACCGUGUCUUCACCCCUGGUAUCGAAGCGACGUACGAAAUGCUGAAAAGGGAGCCGCACAAGCUGAAUGAGCUCACCUAUACAAAUAACGUAAUCAAGGAGGUUCUGAGGUUCUAUCCGAUAGGAAAUACCGCGCGAAAGGGCAUCGAUACUCUUACGUAUCAGGGUCGUGAAUGGCCAGCCAAAGAUCAAAUGGUCUUGCCUGUCCAACUAGCUAUGCAUAUGGAUCCAGCGAUAUUUCCAGAUCCGCUCAAGUUCGAUCCAGAUCGGUUCACACGAGAAGACUUCCCGCGGCACGCCUGGCGUCCGUUCGAGAGAGGACCGCGUGCGUGCUUGGGUCAGCCGCUGGCCAUGGACGAGUUCGUGAUCGUAUUCCUGUUGACGAUACGUGAUUUCGACUUCACUUGUGCCGACCUGAAACCCAACAAGACGCCUCGAACAGAGUGGUUUGAUCUGGACUUGACGUUCGGUGACCGCGCAUACCAGGAAUUUGUUUUCGAGGCCAAACCACGCGAUGGCAUGCCGAUGACCGUUAAAAAAUCCAAUUGGCCAUCGUAAGCGAGGCAGCUGCUACCAGUUCGGGCCAAUAGACGACAUCAGUGGCGGUCGCUAGUAUGGGCCACUUCAGAUUUCCUGGCCGCAACGUAUGUGAGUGUGUAUUGAUUCGGAAAGGGCGGAUAGCGGAUUGGGGUCGACGUGUCAUGAGAAAUCAGGAAAUGUGCUACGGUUUGUCAUACAGUCAAGUCUUAUUGCCUGAUGCAUGUUGA